CAGUCAUGCUUAAAGUUUUCAUCAUUUUGAUUACCUUGUUUCAAGAUACAUUAUCAGGGAAUGUAAUUAUUAUUCAAACACCAGAUAUUCUCACCAUCUCUUACAUCAAAAAUAAUCCAAAUUUCUAUGACUAUUGUGACCAACAAUUGGAAAAUGUAGUAAGAAUAAAUGAAUAUCAUUCAUUUACGGCUUGUAAAGGAUUAAGUGAUUCGGCAAAUAAUGAUCUACCUACCAAUUUUUCAAACAUGAAUGGUAUAGGUUAUCUUGUCUCGGCUAAUCCUCGAGAUUCUAACUAUCAUAAUCAAGAAAAUCCAACUAAAAAUCUAGAAAAAAUCGCCGAUGCUAAAUGCAAUCCUUAUAGCUAUACAAAAAUUCCUCAAGCACCUUGGGGAACCUAUUGGCUUUAUCAAACUUGUUCUGUUGGAUAUGAACAGGCUGAUAUUUAUAUGGAGAACCCAACAUUCAAUGGGUUUCAAUCCAAACCAAUCAAUAGUAAUACUUGUCUGAAUAUUCAUAAUUUUAAAACUAGUCAAUUAUCUCCUUGUGCACAAUGUGCUUAA